UUCUUGACACACUUCCUCUCUCUCGGUCUCUCCCUUCUUCCAUCGAUUCAUCCAAUGGCUACCCUCACAGACCUUUCUCCCUUCACAAGCCGUCACAGCUUUGCACUCUUUAAGUCACCCUCUCUCGAUAUUGGGACCUUCUUGUCAAGCUCUAGCAGUCAUUCAUAUCCUCCCCUCACGCAGAAGCCCUACAAACAGAAUACAAUCAACUGCAGACGUUCGACAUUUCGAUGCUCAGUAGCCAAGGAAUCCACUAUUUCUCCUUCGAAGGCCGAUGGCGACAAAUCUAAUGGUUACUCUGUGGACUGCGUCGUUGUUGGGGCCGGCAUCAGCGGUCUCUGCGUCGCGCAAGCUCUUGUGACGAAGCACCCAGAAAACGCCGGAAAGGUUAUGGUGACGGAGGCCAAAGACCGUGUUGGAGGGAACAUCAUGACGGUGGAGAGGGACGGCUACCUCUGGGAAGAAGGCCCCAACAGUUUCCAGCCCUCAGAGACCAUGCUCACAAUGGCGGUUGACUGUGGGUUGAAGGAUGACCUUGUUUUAGGGGACCCUAAUGCUCCACGAUUUGUAUUGUGGGGUGGAAAAUUGAGGCCAGUACCUUCAAAGCCGACGGAUUUGCCUGUCUUUGACUUGAUGAGCUUUCCUGGGAAGCUCAGGGCUGGAUUUGGUGCUAUCGGAAUUCGACCUCCUCCACCAGGUCAUGAAGAAACGGUUGAAGAAUUUGUGCGUCGUAAUCUUGGUGAUGAGGUUUUUGAACGCUUGAUAGAACCAUUUUGUUCAGGUGUAUAUGCUGGUGAUCCUUCAAAGUUGAGCAUGAAAGCAGCAUUUGAAAAAGUUUGGAAGCUAGAGCAGAAUGGUGGUAGCAUCAUCAGUGGAGCCUUCAAAGCAAUUCAGGAAAGGAACAAAGGCCGCAAACCUUCUCGAGAUCCGAAUUUGCCAAAACCAAAGGCCCAGACAGUUGGGUCUUUUCGUAAGGGGCUUAAUAUGCUGCCAAAUGCAAUUUCUGCAAGGUUGGGUAGCAAAGUCAAUUUAUCUUGGAAACUUUCGAGCAUAAAAAAAAUGGAUGGUGGAGGAUAUACUUUGACAUAUGAAACAGCUGAUGGAUUGGUUUUUGUUCAAACAAGGAGCAUCGUCAUGACUGUUCCAUCCCAUGUUGCAAGUAGUUUGUUGCGUCCUCUUUCUACUGCUGCUGCAGAUGCCCUUUCGAGGUUCUAUUACCCACCAGUUGCAGCCGUUUCUAUUUCAUAUCCAAAGGAAGCAAUUAGGAAGGAGUGCUUGAUGGAUGGUGAACUCAAAGGAUUUGGCCAAUUGCAUCCGCGCAGUCAGGGAGUGGAUACAUUAGGAACAAUAUAUAGCUCAUCACUUUUUCCUAACCGAGCACCCCCUGGAAGGGUUCUACUCUUGAACUACAUCGGAGGAGCUACAAAUCCUGGAAUUUUGUCCAAGACUGAAAGCGAGCUUGUGGAGGCAGUCAACAGAGAUCUUAGGAAGAUGCUUAUAAAGCCAAAUGUUGAGGACCCACUUGUUCUUGGUGUAAAAGUGUGGCCACAAGCCAUUCCACAAUUCUUGGUUGGUCAUCUCGAUCAUCUACAGGCUGUUAAGGACGCCCUCAAGGAUGGUGGGUUUCAGGGGCUGUUUCUUGGGGGAAACUAUGUAUCUGGUGUAGCUCUGGGGAGAUGUGUGGAGUACGCUUAUGAAAGUGCAGAAGAGGUAUCAAAUUAUUUGUCGGAAUUUUUGUACAAGUAAAAUGAUACAAGCGUGGUCAUUUG